AUGGCGGUCGACUCCGAGUCAAGGCCCGCCGUCGCGGGAAAGCCAGACCAGGGCAAGGCAGAGGGCAGCGUCCACAACGGCAUCAAGACGACCCCUGCUGUCUCUCCAGCAGUGGGCGGUGGCUACUCGGACAUUGACGGCAUCGCGGACAAAUUCCGCCAGCACCUCGUCGUUCCCGUGGUGGACAAGUCUACGGGUGCGUCUUCGUGGACGGCUCUCGUCCCGCGAGACGUAAUUACAAAAAGGGGCGUCUCGGUCGACAGUAUAAACGACGCCAUUUCAUCACAGGAGCACUGGCGGGCCGGCGACGUCGUCGUGGCCGGCAUCACCGUGCGAGCCGUCAUUGGGCCGCGCGGCCUGCUGCUCUCCACACAAGACGCCGACAAAUCGCAGCAGACGACGUCGGUGCACCUCGACGAGAGCGGCUCGUCGGCGCACGUGUCGCUGGUGGUGCGGCCCGACGGCCGUCUCGAGGUGCACAAGACGUGCGCACACGCGGGCAUCGAUGAGAACGGGCGACCAUGGCUGGAGCGCCAGCACCGCUUCCUGGAGACAAGCCUCGCCGCGCGGGACACGGACAUUUUCGUGCGCCCGCUACGGCGCACCGCCAGCGCCGCCGCCUUCUCGAUUGACUUUCCGUACCUGCCCAGCCAGACGCUCGCGCAGCUGGCCAUGGCGGGCAUGGGCGGGCCGCUGUUGCUCGGCACAGCGAGCGCGCUGCUCGGCGAGAUGGCGGGAAGCGUGUGGCCGCGGAGCGCCACGGAGGCGCCGCGCGACUUUAUCGAAAAGGCGCACUUUGACCGCAUGGACCGCCGCGUCGCCAUUGCGCGCGCCGCCGUGCCGGCGCUCGCCGCCAUUGCCGACAGCCCCGAGAUUGUGCUCAACGGCCGCACGCUGCUCGGCUUCCGCGCCGUCACGGCGCAGUUGCGCAGCCACCCGGCCCUGCAGGCCUUGGCGCCGACGCUCAUCGGCGAGAUCCAUGGCGACCUCAACCUGCACAAUAUCCUGUGCUGCGUUGGGCCGGCGGCGACGCGGCCCGUCGCGCUCAUCGACCCGCGCGGCGUGCACCUGCUCAGCGACUUUGCUAGCACGCGCGACUUCGAGCCGGGCGACUAUGCGUACGAGCUGUCCAAGCUAAAAUUUUCACUAUCGGCCUUUUCCGAGAUCCGGCACGGGUUCCUGGCCGUGCAGAGCGAGAGCGACACCGAAUUUCGCAUACGCUUCGCGCACCACCCGGGCUCGGAAACGAUGCGGCAGGCAGACGCGGGCUUCUUCGCCGCGCUGGCGGGGAAUGCCGACUUUAUGCGCUGGGUCGACCGCGUCGAGCCGGCCGGGUUCGAGGCGCUGCGGAAGCGGGUGCUGCUAGGCGAGGCGGCGAAUUUCGUCGCGGACGCGGCGUGCGCGCUGGGACGGGACACGGCGCACGAGGUGGUUCCGCUCUUCCUCAUCGGCCUCGACAAGCUCAACAGCGUCUUAGCGACGCUCCACGACACCAUCUCCGAGCACAAGCUGGACGACUGGUUCGCGCGUGGCGGCGGGCAGCACACGACGGCGGGCAUCCUGGCCGUGCAGCAGUCGCUGCUCCAGUCCCGCGGCAACGCGCCGCUGUGGGAUGUCAUUGAGAUGUCGGUCCCGGCCGGCCAGGUGGCCACGGCGCGGGGUCUUCUCGCGACGCUGCGCGGCAAAUGCUUCCCGCGCCAGACGAGCAUCUACGCUUCUUCGGCGCCGCCGCCUGCUGGGCUCACGUUCCCGUGUGUCGUGCUCCACGGCCUCGACGAGGUGCAGGGCGCGACAGAGGCGGUGCUUUCCGGGAUGGCGCAGGCCGAUGCCUUUUUUAAGGCCGCUGGGGUGUCGGAGAGCAGGAGGAGCGCGCUGCGCAUCAUUUCCGUACACUCUGCGGCGGCGGCGGGCAACCCGUUUGGACGGCGGGGCGGCCGGCUCUGGGCGCCGGGGCCCUGGGGCGCGUCGCCGCUCGCGCUGCUUCUCCUGACGGCGCAGCAGCUGCGUUUUGCGCGCGGCGGGCGGUGGCUGCUGGGCGAUGCGUCCUUUUUCAUAGCAAGCAGGGCGCUCGAGCCGGCGACUGGUCAUGUGUGCGUACUGGCCGGCGCGCCGAAGGGCACGCAGAGCCCUGCCGUAUUUCUCUCUACAGAAGCCGGCACGGCCUUGUUGGUCCAAGGCAGCAGCAGCAGCAGCAGCACCGACGUCGCGUUGGCAUCGACGUCGGACAAGGGUCCGUGGGCCGAGGAGGUGGUGCAUCGCGCCUCGGCGGUGGCGGUGGGCGACGUCGACGAGGCCGGGGUUGGGAGCAUCUCGGGCGGAGACAAGAUGGGUGUUUAUCAAUUCGGCUCGCAGGAAGAGUACAGGGCACUGCUGGACAGGGCAAAGAGUGACGCAGACAUGAAUAGUCUAGCGUUUUUGGCGGCGACGCUGGCAUGGCGGGAGCAGUGGGCUAUUGGGGACAAAUUACACAUAGAUGGCUUCGUGUUCGUAACCGUGCAAUUCGUUUGUGGAUGGAUGGCAUGUACCGUGUGGUACGAUGUGCGGCUGUUGUGGCUGCAGAUUGCCAAUACAAAGGAUUCUGCAGAGGAAGAGGGGCGAGCAAAAGGCGGCUCAGCACAUGCAAAUCUGAGGCAGCUUGAGGACCAUGAUGUGCGCGUGGCGUCGUGGUGGUGGUGGUGGUGGCUGGACAAACGGCUCUUUCAGGUCUCGUCCAUCUCGUUGUCCAUCAUCGUCACCAGUGGGAUGAAGCUAAGAAGACGAAUUAAUACCUGGUGGGCGAGCCAUCUGAGCUUUUUCGCUACCCCGACGUGGGGCUCCGGCCCUUUUUUCCCCAGAGAAGCUAUGCAGCAGAGUACGGACGUGGCUGUGGACAAAGCUCAGGCUAUAACACGGGUGUGCGGUAACAGGGGUCUCGCACAAGAGCCUCGCAAACUGCUCUCUGGGGAUGCAAGACACUGUCAGAGUGGCAUUACCAGAAAGGAGCUCGUCUCGGACGCAGUGAACCGCGCCGCCAUAUUUGUGCUUAUGCUCGGAUCCGUCAUCACCGGCGCCACCAGCCACCAACCGAAAGCCUUUACCAUGCUCUACAUUUUUGGCUCUCUCGCAAUUGUGCUCUCCGGCGUCAUGCUCCUCCACGGCGUCUUCCGCAUCGUCACCAAGCGUCAUCCCGAGACCAACAUGCGCAAGGCCGUAAUGAAGCUGCCCUUUGAGCUCAUCCUCAUUGCCCUUCUCGUUUUGUGCACCUACUACGGUUUCUCCGUCUCAGGUCACCGUGGCGCCGAUGGCUAUCUGGACAGUGAUGUCUCUGCCCGUCGCGUCGCUUGCGGGUUCCUCGGUCUCGUCGCUGCUGGUGCGCAAAUUAUCCAUGCCCCCGCUGCCAUGGUCAACUGCCUCAAGGCCAAGUACGCCGCAAACGACUUGCGCGAGAAGCACGAUGCGGAGGCUGCCUCGCGUGUUGUCUAG